AUGGAGCUGCCGUCCUCUACACCACAGUCAAGUGGUCAUAUAUUACAUCUUCAUCGUCGUCUUCAUCAUCAUCAUGAUACUGAGGAUGGUCAUCCUCGAAUUUUUAAGGAUAUUUUCCGUACCGGUGUCUGGGCUCCCCAGUUCAGAGCAAUGUGGAUCGCCUGGCUCGUUAUGUAUAUCAGCCUGGGAGUGUUUAUUGGUCUGUCUGGUGAGAAAUGGCCGAUACUGGUAGCCUAUCUCUUCUUCUUCGGAGUGUUCCCUCCUCUUGCUAUAAUCAAGCGUAUCUUCACUAUAAAGAAAAGAGAGGCUGUUGAGAGGGAGAGGGAGAGUCGUGAUCGAGCGUUACAGUUGGCUAAUGAUAAGCUUGCUACUGAGAAAUGGUUGAAGAACAAUUGUGAAAGGAUGAUGGGAGAUGAUCCAAGAUGUAUAUGUUACUGUAAAGAUGAGUGCGCUAUCUGCUUAUCGGAUUAUCAUCCUAGCGACGUCCUCAUCCUAUUACCAUGUCAUCAUGUAUAUCAUUUACAAUGCAUUAAGAUGCUAUUGGAUUCUCCCAUGUCCUAUGAUGGCAAUGCUCCUAGAUGUCCCCUCUGUCGUGCACGCCUUGGUGAUGAAGUCCUCAUGCCUGAGCGAGGCAAGACUAUGGAAAGUGUUGGAAACGAUGCUAGCCCCCCGCCUACUACUACCACCACUACUGUUACCUCUUUAUAA